CAAGGUCAAAGCAGAGGGCCACUGGCCAAAUCCAUACAAAGAAAAAAGAAAAAAGAAAGUUAUUACUCCAAUAAGAAGUAGCGACAUGUUGCACACAUACUUUUGGAAAGUCGGUUCUCUGCACAAAUUUUCAGCUUCAUUUCUCCGAGAAAAACACUAUUGAAUUUUCAUUCUCUGUCCGAUCAUUGCCACUGUGCUAAAAAGGGUAAUAUUCUCUUUGAUAUCUUUCUUGGUGAAGUUCUUUGUUGAUAUCUUUGAUUUCCCCAAUUGAAUUUGUAAAGAGGUAGAAGUUUUUAAGUUGCAAUUUUUACCUGUUUGGGAUUAGCCUUGAGCUAGUUUGAUUGGUUCUUGGAUAUAUGGGAGACUGUGAAACUAUAGUCCCCUUAAUGGAAGAGGAAGAAAACCUAAUAGCUGCUGCUCAGAACAUUGUAAAAGCGUUAGGGUCAAAUCGGACUUUAACCGAUGAUGCUAGAAAAAUUCUGGCUGAUUUAGGCACCCAAUUGUCUUCCAUAACUAGAGUGAGUGAAACCCAAGAUGAGGAUUCUGGUGAUCAAACUGAGGAGCAGUUUAUUGAGUUGGAGGAGCAGCUUAACUUAGUUCAGACUAAGGUCAUGAAUUGGGAGGUGGGUCAGUCAAUGAUUUGGGAUUGUGGCCAAGAAGAAGCAUAUGAGUAUUUGAGGUAUGUAGAUCAAGCUCGAAAAUUGAUCGAGAGAUUGGAGGGUUUGAAUGUGGAUAAAGGUAGUAGAGAAGACGAGCUUUUGCGCAAGGCUCAUGAUCUUCUUCAAACAGCAAUGAAUCGGCUUGAGGAGGAGUUUACUCAUUUGCUUGUUCAGAACAGGCAGCCUUUUGAGCCUGAGCAUAUGUCUUUUCGUUCAAGCGAGGAUGAUACAUUAGAUGAUGGCUCUAUUGUGUCUUUUGGGGAUGACUCGGUUGAGGAUGUGGUUCAAAGAGAUAGCAUGAGUAGGAGCUUUGAGGAGUACAUCAUCGAACUCGUGCAUCCGGAUGUUAUUCCUGACUUAAGAUGCAUCGCCAAUUUGAUGUUCGAUUCAAAUUAUGGCCGGGAGUGUUCUCAGGCAUUUAUCAAUGUCCGAAAAGAUGCCUUGGACGAUUGCCUCUUCAUCCUUGAAGUUGAGAAGUUGAGCAUCGAGGAUGUAUUGAAGAUGGAAUGGAACUCGUUGAACUCCAAAAUCAGGAGGUGGAUACGGGCUAUGAAGAUAUUCGUGCGCAUUUAUCUUGCCAGUGAAAAGUGGAUAAGUGAUCAGAUUUUUAGCGAGCUGGAAGGAGUUAGUUCAGUUUGCUUUGCUGAGGCCUCGAAAGCUUCAAUCGUACAGCUUCUGAACUUUGGUGAAGCCAUAGCUAUUGGCCCUCAUCAACCGGAGAAGUUGAUUCGGAUUCUUGACAUGUAUGAGCUGCUCGCAGAUCUUAUCCCAGAUAUUGACGCUAUGUACUCUGAUGAGGCGGGGUUAUGUGUUAGAACAGAAUGCCAGGACAUCCUUAGAAGUUUGGGCGAUUGCGCAAAGGCAACCUUUCUGGAAUUUGAAAAUGCUGUUGCUUCCAGCAUAUCGGCCAACCCUUUCCCGGGUGGUGGAAUACACCAUCUAACGAGGUACGUUAUGAACUACAUGAAAACUCUUAUCGAUUAUAGCAAAACGCUUGAUGAGCUUCUGAAGGGAUACGAGAAGGAAGAUUCAGCGGCCAUUUUACCACACAUGACACCCGAUAGAGAAGAAGAUAACACGGACAGACGCUGUAAUAUAUCUCCACUGGCUCAACAUUUUCGAUCCUUCACUUCAAUUUUGGAAUGCAACCUUGAGGAUAAGUCCAAGUUAUACAAGGAUGACUCACUAGGUCACCUUUUCUUAAUGAACAAUAUUCAUUACAUGGCUGAAAAGGUGAAGAAUUCUAAUCUAAGAACAAUACUUGGCGAUGAUUGGAUUCGCAAACAUAAUUGGAAAUUCCAACACCAUGCAAUGAGCUACGAGAGAGCUACAUGGAGCUCUAUACUCUCUUUACUCAGAGAUGAAGGGCUACAGAAUCCAGGCUCAAAUUCUAUCUCGAGAACUCUUCUCAAGGAGAGACUACUCAGCUUUUAUCUCGCAUUUGAGGAUGUUUACAAGAGCCAGACAGGAUGGUCGAUCCCAGAUAGUCAACUUCGUGAAGAUCUUCGAAUAUCAACAUCACUCAAGGUUAUUCAGGCAUACAGGACAUUUGUUGGAAGACACACAAACCAUAUAAGUGAUAAACACAUAAAGUAUACUGCGGACGAUUUGGAGAACUUCCUUUUGGAUCUUUUUGAGGGAUCUCCAAGAUCAUUGCAUGGUUCCCACAGGAAGUGAGCUCAAUCCUUAUACCUGUUAUACCUUUAGAUAUAUCUAUUUUGGGUACCUAAUGUAUUCAUUUGGUGUCAUGUGCAAAAGGGUCAGUGACAUGUACUUUUGAAAUGCAUCUAUUAGGAGUAUGAGUAUUUGUUUGUUGUUUGUUGUUUGUUGCUUGCUAUUACAGUUCCCGGCUUAACGACAUUGUCACCGUCAAAACCGGCUUGUUUAAGGUUGUCAAAAAGGAGAAAGGCAGUAGCUAUUUGUUAGCUCUAGUUGGUUCCUGGAAAAGUUGCUUGUGAUUGGAGAUUUGAUAUGUUGAAUCUUGAUUAGCAUACAACAUUCUUUUUAACAAAUGGAACCACCUUGUUCACAGA